AGAGAUGAAGUCAGCCAUUGCUUUGUUCCUGCUAGCUGCCGCCUGCAGUGCUGCGCCCUCCGUGAGGCAUCGACCUCUGGGACGCCGUCCCGGCGGGCGUAUAAUCUCUGGUGAUCUCGUGGACAUCUCGCAGCACCCGUAUAUGGUCUCGUUGCAGUACCUGAACGAACACGCCUGUGGCGGCUCCAUCAUAAGUUCCGCGUAUGUGCUGACUGCUGCACAUUGCAUCUAUGGCGUCGGCUGGAGUUAUUUCUCAGUUCGGGCAGGAAGCUCCACGCGCGAGAGCGGUGGGACCGUGUACGAGGCCUCUGGUGUUUUCUGGCACAGCGGCUUCAACCUCGCCACGGGAGAGUACGACAUCGGCUUCGUCGUGUUCUCCGACCCUAUCUCAUUUCAGGCGGUGAGCCUCGCAACGUCGGAACUCGAGGCUGGCAGUUCUGCGACCGUCACCGGUUGGGGCAGCGUGGCUUCUGGUGAGGACGCGUCCGACCAGCUGCGCGCUGUCACCGUGUCCAUCGUGGCACACUCCACGUGCAGAGAGAAGUUGGGGUCCGGCAUCACGGAGAACGUGGUGUGCGCAGGCGACGCCGACGGCAACAACGUGGCGUGCGACGGCGACGACGGCGGGCCGCUCGUCGUGGGUUCCACGCAGUACGGCGUCGUUUCCUGGGGCCGGGGCUGUGGUGUGCCCGGAUACCCAGGGGCCUACACCAACGUCGCCGCCCUCCACGACUGGAUCACUGCGGCAACGGGUGUUUUCUAAUUACUGAUCGACCUUCUUGUUAUUAUAAAACAACUAAACAAAAUAAAAAAAUUAUUUGUGUACCUUU